CCUCGCCUUGCGAGGCCACCGGAGCCCCCAGCCCCGGGCGGCCCCACUCCCGCAUCCCGGCCCCUGCACUCCCGCAGCCGCCGCCCCCCACCCCGGAACAUGGACUCCGACUCCUGCGCCGCCGCCUUCCACCCGGAGGAGUACUCGCCCAGCUGCAAGAGGCGCAGGACCGUGGAGGACUUCAACAAGUUCUGCACCUUCGUUUUGGCCUACGCUGGCUACAUCCCCUACCCGAAGGAGGAACUGCCUCUGAGGAGCAGCCCCAGCCCGGCCAACAGCACCGCGGGCACCGUGGACAGCGAUGGCUGGGACACCGGCUUCACCGACGUGGCCGCCUCGGUGCCCCUGCCGGUCUCCGACCGCUGCUUUAGCCACCUGCAGCCCACCCUCCUGCAGCGAGCCAAGCCCAGCAACUUCCUGCUGGACAGGAAGAAGACAGACAAGCUGAAGAAGAAGAAGAAGAGGAAGCGCCGGGACAGCGAUGGGCCCGGGAAGGAGGGCUACAGGGGCGGCCUGCUGAAGCUGGACGCCGCCGCCACCUUCGCCGAGACCCCCGCGAGCCCUGCCCUGCAGGGCGUUCCCCAGGCCCCCGGCGACCCCUGCUCGGGCUGGGACUCUGACACUCCCUCCAGUGGGUCUUGUGCCACUGUGUCGCCUGAUCAGGUCAAGGAAAUAAAGACUGAAGGCAAACGGACUAUCGUCCGGCAGGGGAAGCAGGUGGUGUUCCGGGACGAGGACAGCACCGGCAACGACGAGGACAUCAUGGUGGACUCCGAUGACGAUUCCUGGGACCUCGUCACCUGCUUCUGCAUGAAGCCGUUUGCUGGCCGCCCCAUGAUAGAGUGCAACGAGUGCCACACCUGGAUUCACCUGUCCUGUGCGAAGAUCCGCAAGUCCAACGUCCCCGAAGUGUUUGUCUGCCAGAAGUGCCGGGACUCCAAGUUCGACAUCCGCCGUUCCAACCGUUCCCGCAUGGGCUCCCGGAAGCUGUUUCUGGACUGACGGCUGCUGGCCAGGAGACUGGGCGAGGAGCCGAAGGGUCGGCGGGCUCUUUGGCCUCUCGGUUGGGCACAGAACUCUUGAGCUCUGGUGUGGGCAGAUCCCUGCCACUCAGGUGCCUAAGCUAAAGGACAGGCUGUCCACACAGACGAGCUGUACAUAGCCAGUGACCGAAUAAAACCCCCGUGGCCA